AUGCCAGGCUCAGCAUCUCCUCGGUAUUCCGAAUCCGAUGCCCGCUACGCCAUCGCGCUGCUGCAAUCGCUGCACACCCACAGGGGUUCGUUCGACGAGUGGAUUGCGCACCAUCUGCGAGCCUUGCAGUUACCUCUCUACCCACACGUCUGGUCCCCUUCCUCCUCUCGCCUCACACGCGCCCUUCUCCCCACCUACUCCUCUGAUACUGAUGGUGGUGAUGGCGGUAGCGAUGGUGGUAGCAAUGGUGGUAGCAAUGGUGGUAGCAAUGGUGGUAGUGGUGGUGGUAGUGGUGGUGGUGGUGGUGGUGGUGGUGCCAAUGGGGAUGGUGCAGCAGCAGCAGCAGCAGCGGCGGCAGCAGCGGCGGCAGCAGCGGCGGCAGCAGCGGCGGCAGCAGCGGCGGCAGCAGCGGCGGCAGCAGCAGCAGCAGCAGCGGCGGCAGCAGCGGCGGCAGCAGCGGCGGCAGCAGCGGCGGCAGCAGCAGCAGCAGCAGCGGCGGCAGCAGCGGCGGCAGCAGCAGCAGCGGUGAGGGUGCCUCGCCCUGCAUAUCCCCAUCCGACGCCCUCUCAGUGGCAGCGACUCUCUCUCUCCUGCGCCUCCUCUCCCAGGCGCAGUGGCAAGCCAAGGACGUGGUUUGGCUGCUUGCAGACGCCCGCUACGGCGCCCAGCAUGCCGUGCAGCAGUGGCUCAAGGAGUAUCGUGGGAUCGAUCCUAUUCCCAUCACCUCCCAUACCUGCACUGCCAGCCGCAGCAACAGCAGUGACGGCGGUAGUGGCAGUAGGGGCUGUAGCGGCAGUGGCGGCAGUGGCUAUGGGAGUGGUCUGA